AUGGACACGCUCCACAAGGGAUGGUUCACUGAGUUCUCUCCGGACGAUUUGGAGAAGAUUAACGGAAAUGGAGGUAAAACUAGUGUUUGAAUAUUUCAUUUAAAAAAAAAGAACCGUUUAGACUCGGCGGAUUCUUCCAAACUGCUCAAAUCCGAUGGACAGGAGAUGGGCGGUGCUUGGCCGGGUCAGGCUUUUUCGCUUCAGGUCAAGAAUGUGCUGUUCCACGAGAAGAGCAAGUAUCAGGACGUGCUCGUCUUCGAAAGGUACUUUGCGCUCCAUGGAGAAUGGGAAGAACUGUCUUUUUUCAGCACCACAUACGGAAACGUGCUGGUUCUUGAUGGAAUUAUCCAGGCAACCGAACGAGAUGAGUUCUCCUAUCAGGAAAUGUUGGCGCAUUUGCCACUUUUCGCCCAUCCGGACCCGAAAAGAGUACGCAAACUUGCAAAAUCUAGGUUAUUGUACUAACAUCCCCAGGUUCUGAUUAUCGGAGGCGGCGACGGAGGCAUUCUGAGAGAGGUUUUGAAGCACGAGACCGUCGAAAAGGUCACAAUGUGCGAAAUCGACGAAAUGGUGAUCGAUGUGGCUAAAAAGUACGCAAUUUAUCUGUGCAAGACUCUACGAAACCUUUCAGAUACCUGCCCGGAAUGUCUUGCGCGUUCACCCACCCAAAAUUGGAUUUGUACUGCGGAGACGGUUUCGAAUUUUUGAAAAAUCACAAAAACGAGUUCGACGUCAUCGUCACGGACAGUUCCGAUCCGGUCGGACCGGCCGAAUCGCUAUUCGGACAAAGUUAUUACGAACUUUUGCGAGACGCGCUCAAGGAGGACGGAAUUCUCUCGUCGCAAGGUAAAAAAAGAGCGGAAAGUGCAGAAAAAAGACACUGAGGACGUGCGAAAACGGAGAAACAAUUUGCUCGGGUUACUGUAGAUUUAAAGGCGCAUGACGAAACUUUGCAAAGUUUUUCUUAUUUUUUCGAUAAAAACUAGUUUUCGCUGCAAAUUUCGGUGAAAGUGAUCGAAAAAAGGUAAUUUUUAGGCGAGUGUCCCUGGCUGGACCUCAAACUCAUCUCAACCGUGAUCCGAACGGCUCGAGACCUGUUCCCGGUUGCGAAAUACGCGGUUGGCAGUGUGCCAACGUACACGUCGGGUCUAAUUGGCUAUAUUGUAUGCGCAAAUAAUGAGGUAUCACGCAGUAAUCGGUUGUGAUUGUGGUUUGCCGCUGCAACAACACUAACCUUCGUUAGAGCGCACUUCCAAACCUAACAAGCACUAAAAUGAGUUGUGUGUAGUGUCGUGUGAUUAUGUUCUCGUGAUUUUCAGGUGAAUCCGUCUGGCUGCACCUUCCGCUGAUCGCCCAUUUGGUGGCCUUCAACCGCAAGAUCUUCCCGACCGUCUGCUACGCUCAGUCGAUCGUGUCGACGUACCCGAGCGGAAGCAUGGGAUAUCUCAUUUGUGCUAAAAACGCUGUGAGCCACCUAAAAAAGGAAAACGGACUAAAAGAGUAGAUAAAACAGAACACAAAUGGUCUAGAAAAUCAAUUUACCUAGUAGUGUAACAUUUCGCAAUCUGUCGUAAGAGUCUGCAACUGACCGCUAUCCCCUCGCCGCGUUCAUAGUCUGAUGUGUAGUCGAUGAGCUUUCCAGGACCGUGAUGUCGCCGCUCCGGCCCGUGUGCUCACUUCCGAGCAGGUCAAGGCUCUCAAUCUGCGAUUCUACAACUCGGAAGUUCAUCGAGCGGCGUUCGUGCUGCCGCAGUUUGUGCGCAACGCUUUGGAGGACAACAAUUCGGCUUAGAUUCACUUUUUCUUUUCAAUAAACUCAUUAAGAACGUGAUCGUUCCAUUUUUGUUUCCUCCAUGACCCCUUCAGGCGCCUACAAAAGGAUGCGUUCCAGUGCAGUCCCCCUCAGAUGCCAGUUCAACUUCUGAAGCUACAAGCGAUGCACCAUGCUCUCCUCGUCGUCCGGCGCUUCUCAAACUGUUCAACGUGACCGAAGGUACGAUUCUCGGAAAGAUUCUGAUGGAGUGUCAGUUUCAGAAGACAAGGAGCUCGUCCAGAAGUUUCUCAGCGCCGCGCACGAAUUCACUUUCGCCGCCGAGAAUGCGACUUUCGAUGAUUAA